AUGGAUAAAAACCACUCUCUAAACUCCUCUCCACAGCACCCAUCAAGCCUGAGAUUGCUCAAAAAGCUUGCAGCCUCACUGGUGAACGUGCCCCAGAGGUGGAAAACUAACUGCUUGAUAUGGACUGUCAACAGGGUGGAGGCCAAUGUGUUCUACUACAUGUUAUUUGAAGAGCUGAUGCCAUGAGAGGGAGUCUCCAUGCCAGAUGCAAAUCUGAGCGAGGAGAAAACAUCCCUCUUACCUCUUUCCUUGUUGAAGUUUAAGCUGGACAAGGCCAUCAAUAGACUUCACACCAGUAAAGACCAAGCUGACACAGCCCAUGAGAUGUUCACCAAGACCAGCCUGGUGGCCAACUCCACGGGGGCUGUCCCUGGAGUCAUGAGCAUCAUGGGUUUGGCCCUAGCACCUGUGACAGCAGGAGGGUGUCUGAUGGUCUCAGCAGCUGGGCUGGGGCUGGGGCAGCAGUGACCGUCACCAGCACUGAAGUAUGUCUUAGAAAAUAGAAGCAAUUCAGCAGCAAGAGAAGAAGCCAGCAGACUGGUGCCUAUCACAACGUCUGGGUGCGAGGCUUUUGGGGGACUACAGUUGCCUGAAGUCAAAGCUGCUGGGUUGUGUGUUGUCAACAGCAUCAAGGACCUGCAUUCCUAUGAUGUGGUCAAAGCCAUCUCUGGCUUCAGGGAUGUGGACAAGAAUUUUUUAGCUAUGGGCCAAAUCCCCUUCUGGAGGUGCAGAGAGGCACAGAAAGCCUUUGAGAGAACAGCCCUGGCCAUGACCAAGGACGACUGGGUAAUGGGUGCUGCUGGGGCUGGCUUCUCACUUAUGCAAGACAUGGACAGCCUCUUGCAGAACUGGAAGCACCUGGAGGAGGGUGCAAAGGCCCAGAUGGCUGAGGAACUGAGGGCAUAUGCUAAGGAGCUGGAGUGGCAGCUAAGCCGGUACACCCAGAACUAUGAGCAGCUGCUGCAGAAGGGAGCCGGGCCUGUCCCAGGGUUCCUGGGCAGGGCCUUGCAAGGAACCCACAUGUUGGCCAAGGAUUUAGCAAGUGGUUCCCAGACUUGUCUGCACAUUGGAAUCACCUGGGAAGCUUCAAAAACUACUGAUGUCCAGGUCUCACCCCCCAGUGAUUGUGAUUUAAUUUAUCUGGGUUAUGGCCUGGACUAUGGGAUUUUGAAAAGAUCUUCAGGUGAUUCUAACGUGCAGAUGAGUUUGGGGAACCACUGCUUUAAAGGGUGA